AUGUCUACCUCGAUCCCCCAUGAUGCACCCAAGAAGCAAAUCCUCCUCAAUGCGUUUGACAUGUGCACCGUCGGGCAUCUGUCGCCCGGACAAUGGAAGAACCCCAAGGACCGGUCCGGGACGAAGCGCACAUUGAAGUACUGGACGGAUCUGGCCCAGUUGCUGGAGCGCGGGGGGAUCAACGCCCUGUUUCUGGCAGACACGUACGGAGGGUAUGAUACCUACGAAGGCAGUCUGGAUGAAUGUAUCCGGCGAGCGGCGCAGUGGCCGAUGACGGAUCCGACCAUUCCCAUCUCCGCCAUGGCCGCCGUCACCACCAACCUCGCCUUCGGCAUCACGGCCUCCACCUCGUUCGAGCCGCCCUUCCUCCUGGCGAAACGCUUCUCGACGCUCGACCAUCUGACCAACGGCCGCAUCGGGUGGAACAUCGUCACCUCGUGGAAGAAAGCGGCCUUCAAAGCCAUUGGGCUGGACAAUCCGAUCGAGCACGACGAGCGCUACGCCCAAGCCGACGAGUACCUGCGCGUGCUCUACAAACUCUGGGAAUCCUCCUGGUCGCCCACAGCGCUGAACCCGGAUCCCUCGACGGACAGCUACAUCGACCCGACCCAAGUCCGGCACAUCCACCACUCCGGCAAGUACUACCACCUCUCCACCCGCCACAUCGUCGACCCCUCGCCGCAACGCACUCCCUUCCUCUUCCAAGCCGGCACCUCGACGGCGGGCUCGCAGUUCGCCGCCACCCACGCGGAAGCGAUCUUUGUAUCGGCGCACGCCCCCAGCAUCCUCGCCCCGAAGAUCGCCGCGAUCCGCGCGCAGGCCGCCGCGCAGGGGCGCGACCCCCGCUCCCUGAAGUUCUUCGGCACGUUCACGCCCAUCCUGGGGCGGACCGCCGAGGAGGCCGCCGCGAAGCUCGCGGAAGCGGAGCGCUACGCAUCGGUGGUGGGCGGGCUGGUGCUGUUCAGCGGGUGGACGGGGAUCGACAUCUCCAAGAUCCCGCUGGACCGCGACAUCACGAAGGAGGACAGCACGGAGGCGCACAAGGUGACGAGCAUGCUGGAUGCCUUCACGACGACCAGCCCCGAAGUGCCGCGGUGGACGCCGCGGGUGGUGGCGCGGAAGGCGGCGAUCGGGGGGCUGGGGCCUGUGGCGGUGGGCACGGCGGCUGUGGUGGCGGAUGAGCUGGAACGGUGGGUGCGCGAGGCGGAUCUGGAUGGGUUUAAUCUCGCCUAUGUGACGACGCCGGGGACGUUUGAGGAUGUGGUCGAGUUGUUGGUGCCGGAGUUGCGGCGCAGGGGGGUGUAUGCGGAUCAAGAUCCGGCGGGGGGGUUGACGAUGCGCGAGAAGGUGUAUGGGGUUGGGCAGAAGGGGUUACGGGCGGAUCAUCCGGGGAGUCGGUAUCAGUAUGAUGUUUAUGUUGAGGAUGAGGUGGAUCGCGAGAGUGGAGAACUCCGCAAGAUCGCUUUGGCGAUCCCAUCGCCCCCCCUGGAUCCUCCGGAUAUCUCUGGAGGCCUCUCUGGCAGUCGAUACUGGACUCUUGGACCCGACCCCGUCGCCUUCCCCCAAGCACCCUUGUCCUCGACUCUGACCAACCCACCGGUGAACGUGGUCGAUCUGUACCCGGCUCCUAAUUACUCUCGUGAUACCGCUGCUCACAUGGCUGCCCUUGCGAUCCCCCCACCUGGCAUGGGCCCUUCUCUCGAGGCGCUGUCGGCGCCCCCGCCGUUGAACGCUCGUCGUCCGGGCGCCCCUCCGCUCCCCAGCAUGGAACUCCCCGGUCGAAGUUUUCCAGGAGCGCUGAAGUACACCCAACUCCCGAAUCCCUCGGCGCUCAAUCCCAGUGUCAGUAAUCUCUUGACCCCGCCUGCGACGAGUCAAUCGGGCGACAGCACCCCAGUCACCACUGCCCACCAAACGACCGCCGCCAAUGUCUCCUCCGUGCCGGCGACACCGGAUCUGGGUCCAUUCUGGCCGAGUCAGAACUCCUAUAGCAGUGCGUCAGGGGCAGCGGCGGCAGCGGCGCGCCCUUCGUGGACGUCGAGCUUAAGUCCUUAUGUCAGUCGCGAGACAUUCUCGCCGCCUGGAGGCCACCCCAUCCAUCGCAACGGCAUCACGUCUCCCCCCGGGGCCGAGUCUAUCCCGCCGGGGUACGAGGUGAAUCAGCUGCCUCCGUUCCAACAACAGCCGAUCCCGGUCUCCGCGGCGGGAGUCGCCCCCAGCGUCCCGCCCCAACAGCCCCCUCCGCUCGCGCAUGCGGUGCUCUCUGCACAGCCGGGGCUCCCGAACCCGGUGCCCUCCCCGCAUUCCCUCCCCUCGAAUGAUCCCUACAUGCUCAAGUCCUCGUCCGCCCCCGCCUACAGCACGGUCCAGCAGCUGGCCAGUCCGCCGGGCAGCUAUUCGCCCUACGGGCCCACCGGGCUGAGCAUGCAACCCCCUGGUCGCGUCGGGUCGAAUCCCCACCCUGCGCAUCACCUGAACUACCCGCGACAGCCCUGGCCCUCGUAUUCGGUUCCUGCGUCGAAUGGGCCGGUGUGGACGAACGUGCACACCCCGAACCUCCCCAUGUCGCUGACGGGCAAUGCGCCCGUGAUGCCCCACAACUUCAACAGCGGGUUCGAGGCCCACAUGCAGCGGUUGUAUGGCGGACACCUGCCCCCUCCGGGCCCUGGAGGCCCAGGACCGACCAACGACCGACCGUUCAAAUGUGAUCAAUGUCCGCAGAGUUUCAAUCGGAACCACGAUCUGAAACGGCAUAAGCGGAUCCAUCUGUCGGUCAAGCCGUUCCCUUGCAAUCACUGCGACAAGAGCUUCUCGCGCAAGGAUGCGUUGAAGCGACAUAUGCUUGUCAAAGGUUGUGGCAGCGGGAAGAGCGGGGGCGAGUCCACCGCGCCGUCGACGGUGAAGGAAGAGGAUCGCAGCGAUGACUCCCACGGACCGGUUUAG